AUGGCUUCCAAUUUCCUGAAAUCAACCACCACUGUCCUCCUACUAAUCUCUGCACUUAGUAUUGCCACAGCCUUUAUCCUAGAUAUAGAUGGCGAUCCACUUUACAAUGGUGGGCAAUACUACAUCAUCCCACAAAGCUUAGGCUUUGGGGCAGGUCUCACCUUAAAAUCGAAAGCCGAUUCCUUACCAUGCCCGUUCUAUAUAGGCCGUGAAAACGAUGAAACGUCUUAUGGAAUGCCCGUUACAAUUGCUUCCCCUUUUAAGAUACGGAAUAUCAUACCCUCUUUACUAAUUAGCAUAGUCUUCAAGGGAGACGAUAAUCCAAACAUUUGUAUGCAGCCAUUGGAGUGGCAGGUGAUCGCCGAUGCAUCAACGGGCAAGUCGUACAUUGCUACGGGUGGUAGUGGCGGUGCCUUUAACCCGACUACUACUUUCAGUAUUGAGCAGAUUGGCAUUAAUAUUAAUAUGUAUAAGAUAAGGAAUGCAGGGGUAUCAGAUGUUGGCUUUUUUGAGAAAGAUGGUCUUUUGGGACUUACUGAUGAUAUUCCUCUUCAUGUUGUGUUCAGGAAAGCUUUUGAUGUUUUAUCCAUGAAGGUCUAG